UUUAAAUUUGGCUUUCACAUUUCCUGACACAUGGUUUCUCUUUUAUAGGUUUGCAAGUAUCCUGAACUACAGUCCUAUGUGCAUCUUACUAUGUUGGCUUUUAAUAACACUUUCUUUAAUUGGCCCACUUUCUCCUUCAUUGGUAUUCCUGGUCUGGAGGCUGCACAUAUAUGGAUCUCCAUCCCCUUCUGUGUCCUGUACCUCAUAGCCCUUGUGGGUAAUGCUGUUCUUCUUAUCCUAGUUAGAGCAGAGAAGAACCUUCAUGAACCUCAGUUCUAUUUUUUGGCUAUGCUAGCCCUUACUGAUCUAGGCCUUUCAUUGUCAACAAUGCCUAGUGUCUUGGCUAUCUUCUGGUUUGAUGUCCGCGACAUUGGCCUUAAUGCCUGCCUAACCCAGAUGUUCUUCAUCCACACCCUCUCCUCAGUAGAAUCAGGUGUCCUGGUGGCCAUGGCUUUUGACCGUUUGGUAGCUAUCUGUGCUCCAUUAAACUAUACCAAAAUCCUUACCCACUACACCGUUGCCUGCCUUAGUGGAGCUGCCCUCAUACGAGGUGCCACUCUGCUGGCUCCUCUGCCUUUUUUCCUUAGGACUUUUCCUUUCUGUGGGGCCAAUAUCCUCUCACACUCCUAUUGCUACUACCCAGAUAUGCUGAACUUAGCCUGUGGGGACAUUACCUUCAGCAGUGCCUAUGGAUUGGUUUUUGUUCUCUGCACAUUUGCAGUGGAUGUUGUUUUCAUCUUAGCUUCAUACAUGAAGAUCUUGGACACUAUUAUGAAGCUGGAGACUCAAGACAGAAACUGGAGGUCACUGCACACCUGUGCCUGUCACCUAUGCAUGGUGCUUGUGUUCUACCUGCCCCUAAUCAGCUUGGCAGUGCUGCAUCGUUAUACCCAGGACACUUCCCCAAUUCUGUAUACCACCAUGAGUAAUGCCUACCUCCUCAUGACACCACUGCUCAACCCUCUCGUCUAUAGUCUCAAAUCCCGGCAGAUCCAGGCUGCCCUGCGUAAGCGAUUUUGGGUGCAACGUGUCAUUGCUGGGGAAUGAUAUUUUCUCUAUAUUAGAAGAGAUAACCAAUUUAAAAAAUGCUAUUCAGGAUCUACUGUGUGCCAAGUAGUAUGUUAGGCACCAUGAAUUCAAAACAAUAAAAUACUUAGGUUUUCUCAAGAAAUAUUUAAUCUAACUAAUGAGGGAAAGACAGGCAGAACGCUUAGAUAAAAGAUCAUAACUGUGAUCAUGAAUGAUGACUUUGGUAGUGGUAAGGAGAAAUGACAACAGGAAGCCAAGCUCAAUGUGUUUGGUGUGUGAGUUGGAGGAAAAUCACAUCGCUCCAGGUGCUAAACUGAGGAGUCCAACUCUGGAUUGUAAAAGAUCAAUGAGGGAUUAAUUUUAUAGAGAAAACAAAAUGUCUUCUAAUUCUUGACUGGCAAUGUUGUUUAAGCUGAAGCACGAAAAUUCAAAAUUGGUGAUAAAUUUAUGACGGUAUGUUUAUUAUUUCUGACUACUUCUUGUAGUUGGAUACUAGCUAAUGUCUGAACCUUCUGACUUUUAACAAAAAGUAAAGGAGCUUUCUGAAAAGAAUAAUAUAUAAGGAUCUGAGAAAUAGUUAUUCUUACUCAUUUUGCUACUUCAUUCAGAAUUCAUGCUUUAUUUGGAUAUUGUUUUAUUUCACAUUUCAUACUGAGGGUAGAUAGGGUUAUAUUCUGCCUGUUAAAGCAAGGCUACAUCUUUUUUUCUUUUUCUCCUAACUUUCCAAGAGGAAAAACAAAUUAGUUUAUUCUCUUCUAGGGUCAGCUCUUGAAGUUAGAGUAAGCAAAGGAAAAAUUGUCCUGCUAGGAUCAGCAUAGGAAGCAAGUAAAGAGAGAGACUUAAUUGUCCAUGGGAAUGAAUAAACAUGCAGUUAUCAUUAGCAAGAAUUUCAAACAACUUUAAGAGAGCUUUGAAUGAAUUUCUAAAGGAUAGCUCAAGCAAUCAACUGGAAAAUAUUUUAAUGUCUGUUUGACAUAUUCGGUAGACACCAGAAUCAUAUAAAAGACAUAGAUUUAAUAUUCGUAUAGCCUACGUUCUACCCAUGGAAAUCAGGAAAUAGCAGCAAAACCGUGUUACAUAAUGUAAUUAGUAAGGCUGAGACUUGCUUUGAAUUGUUAAUAUGAAUUCAGAGGAAAGUAAGCUAAGCUAGUGAGGACUGGGGUUGCCAAGAACUUCGGGCUGCAAGACAGAGAAGAUCAAGAGAAGUAUUAUGGAAGCUGGAAAUCUAUCUCAAUUCCAAAAGCAUUCAGUAAGCUCUAUCUGUUAAGUAUUAACAAGAUAAAGGGAGUUAUUUUUUUUUUUAAGUAUGGUCUUUACCUUUAUGGAGAGAUUAUUUGAGAAGUAUAAUUAAGAUGCUGAAAAAAUUAAAUAAAAUUCUAAUUCUUAAACUGUU